GAUUCACAGAUGAUCUCGCUGGGUGUUCUACUUUAUUCUCACUUGUAUAGAAUAAAAACGAUGUUUUAUCAAAAAUGAAAACUGCAGUUUUGGUAUACCUAGCCUACUUCACAGCAGGUACAGUUGGCGGAUUCAUUGGAAUCACUAAACAAGAGGCAAUGAAAAGUGUCACUGUAAGAUUGGUUCAGAAAGAAUGGCGUCCCCAAGGAUAUGAUCCCGGAACAGACGAGCCAUUACAUAGCUUCCCAGGAACAUACGAAGAGCUGUUGCAAAUAUUUAAAACCUACAACCAAAAGUUUGAUUAUGUGUCCGAACCCUUGACACACGCUACCAAUCUGUUUUACGACCCUAACUACGAUGAAAGCAAACCACUAGUGAUGGUCACUCACCCUAUUGCAAUUGGUGACUCAACCUUCAUUGCUAUGGUCAUUGCAGGGCUAGCGAUAAGAAAUCUUCAGAAGCAUUACAAUGUGUUUGCAAUGCAUGCUCCAAUGCUCAGUGUUCAGAUACAAACUAGCUGUGCAAGAGUGGCACUUGGUCUUGACCCGAUGUUAAAGCCAGUGGCAGAAGCUUUUGCGUCCUUCAUGCUGGAGGGAAUCAAACUUGGGAAACUGACUCCAAGCCAGAUCAACUUCAUCGGCUUCAGCUACUCGGCUACUCUCAACGCUUACAUUGCCCGGGAGAUACGAGACAACACAGGACUGCUUGCCCACACUCUCCUGAGUCUGGAUGCAUUUCAGUACAACCAUGACAACCCUUACUUCAAGCCAGUUUCCAAGGAGGACGCCAUGUUUGUACACAUGUUUCAUACCAGUGGCAAGUUGACUGGGACGCAGGCUCGCAUUGGAACCGUGGACAUUGUGAUCAACAAUGGCUACUUCCAGCCUGGCUGUGGCAAGCAAGUUAACAAAGGAGUCGGCUGCAGUCAUCGUAGGUCUGUUGCUGUGUUUCUGCUCAGUCUAGUAGCCACAGGCAGCGUAGUGGCCAGGAGGUGUGACAGUUGGGAAGACUUCAACCAAUGUAAAUGCUCCGACCCGGCUAACCCUCUGCUCGUCGUUUCUUUCCCAGUGAAUGAAGAGGUAACUGGCACAUUCUACGUAAGAACUAAGGGCAUACUACCUUUUGUGCUAUCAUCCCAAGGAGCAUACUGUGAGGCCGAAGCCAAAGUUCCUCACUUCUACAAAAAAUAGCAGAUCCGGAAACUG